UUGUAACCAUCCCUUUCCAUACCGCCGCCUGCUGCAGCCCCGGAGCCCCAUUCGCCCCUAGCUGGCAAGUCCUAAGGGCGAGGCGCUUGGCUGCGUCCGGGCCGGCUUCCUGGGAGCGGAGGCUGGUACCAACGCGCCCUGCCCCACCCAGCGGUGCGCACGGGCCCUCGAGCUGGGCGGUGGGCUUCCAGCGCUGGUUUAGCCACAAAAGGCGAGACGUACAGAGUCGACCUGAGGAGGCUGGGCAGGGGAGCGCCCAGUAGGGCGGUGCGUUCUAGUCUUCAGGUUGGACUGGCAAGAGUCGCAGCAACAGAUGUGGGAAGCGCCCUUAAGCUGUCGUCCUGGCUCCGCGACCUCAAGUCUGGAGAAGGGGUUGCAGCCCGAGGGCAGCGCGCGGAGAGUCGGCGAGCAGCGGGAUCCGCGAUGGUGCCCUUGAGGGCCCUGUGGCUGGCUUGGGCGCUGCUAGGAGUGGCCGGAGCGUGCCCAGAGCCGUGCGCCUGUGUGGACAAGUACGCGCACCAAUUCGCCGACUGCGCCUACAAGGAGCUGCACGAGGUGCCGGAAGGACUACCGGCCAACGUGACCACGCUUAGUCUGUCGGCGAACAAAAUCACCGUGCUGCGGCGUGGGGCCUUCGCCGACGUCACGCAGGUCACGUCUCUGUGGCUGGCGCACAAUGAGGUGCGCACCGUGGAGCUGGGCUCGCUGGCGGUGCUGAGCCAGCUCAAGAACCUCGACCUGAGCCACAACCUCAUAUCCAGCUUCCCAUGGAGCGACCUGCGUAACCUGAGCGCUCUACAACUACUCAAGAUGAACCACAACCGCUUGGGCUCAUUGCCCCGGGACGCACUCGGUGCACUGCCCGACCUGCGCUCCCUACGCAUCAACAACAACCGGCUUCGUACACUGGCUCCUGGCACCUUCGAUGCGCUAAGCGCGCUGUCACAUCUGCAACUCUAUCACAACCCCUUCCACUGCGGUUGCAGCCUUGUGUGGCUACAGGCCUGGGCGGCGAGCACCCGGGUCUCGUUACCAGAGCCCGACUCCAUCGCGUGCGCCUCUCCUCCUGCUCUGCAGGGGGUGCCGGUGCACCGCCUGCCCGCCCUGUCCUGUGCACCUCCCAGUGUGCAUCUGAGUGUUGAGCCGCCGCCUGAGGCGCCGGGCAGCCCUCUGCGCUCCGGCCUAACGCUCAUGCUACACUGCGUCGCCGAAGGACACCCCACGCCCCGCCUGCAAUGGCAGCUUCAGAUUCCGGGGGGCACCGUAGUGUUAGUGCCGCCGAUCCUGAGCGGGGAGGACGACGGGGACGGAGGGGAAGACGGUGAGGAGGAAGGAGAUGGGGACGGGCCAACGCAGACAGAGGCUCCAACCCCGACUCCAGCACCCGCUUGGCCCGCGCCCCCAGCUACCCCGCGCUUCCUGGCCCUUACAAACGGCUCCCUGUUGGUGCCCCUCCUGAGUGCCAAGGAGGCAGGCAUCUACACAUGCCGUGCGCACAACGAGCUGGGUGCCAACUCCACGUCAGUUCGCGUGGCAGUGGCAGCUGCAGGGCCCCCAAAGCACGCUCCUGGCUCAGGGGGAGACCCUGAUGGGCAGGCUCCAACCUCUGAGCGUAAGUCCACAGCCAAAACCCGGGGCAACAGUGUCCUACCUUCCAAGCCCGAGGGCAAAAUCAAAAGCCAAGGCCUGGGCCGGGUUAGCAUCCUCGGGGAGACACAGGCGGGGCCGGAGGGGGACGAGGAGGCAGGUGAGGGUGAAGAGGCGGAAGACCAGGUCUCUGCUGACCCGGUGGAGGAGCAGCGCUGUGGCCACGGGGACCCCUCGCGGUACGUGUCCAACCACGCGUUCAACCAGAGCGCCGAGCUCAAGCCGCAUGUCUUUGAGCUGGGCGUCAUUGCGCUGGACGUGGCGGAGCGCGAGGCGCGGGUGCAACUGACGCCACUGGCGGCAAGAUGGGGCCCUGGGCCCGGCGGGGCUGCGGGAGCAGGGCGGCCCGGACGGCGGCCAUUGCGCCUGCUCUAUCUGUGCCCGGCGGGGGGCGGCGCAGCCGUGCAGUGGUCGCGUGUAGAGGAGGGCGUCAACGCCUACUGGUUCCGUGGCCUGCGGCCCGGCACCAACUACUCCGUGUGCCUGGCGUUGGCAGGCGAGGCCUGCCACGUGCAAGUGGUGUUCGCCACCAAGAAAGAGUUGCCCUCACUGCUGGUUAUCGUGGCGGUGAGCGUGUUCCUCCUGGUGCUGGCCACCGUGCCCCUGCUGGGCGCCGCCUGCUGCCAUCUGCUGGCCAAACACCCGGGCAAGCCCUACCGUCUUAUCCUGAGGCCGCAGGCCCCGGAUCCCAUGGAGAAGCGCAUCGCCGCCGAUUUCGACCCGCGUGCCUCCUACCUCGAAUCCGAGAAAAGCUACCCUGCAGGCGGCGAGGCGGGCGGCGAGGAGCCAGAGGAGACCCCCGGGGAGGGCCUUGACGAAGAAGCAGAGCAGGGCGACCCAGGUGGGGACCUGCAGAGGGAGGAGAGCCUGGCGGCCUGCUCGCUGGCGGAAUGCCAGUCCAAGGCCAACCAAGAGGAGUUCGAGGCGGGCUCCGAGUACAGUGAUCGGCUGCCCCUGGGUGCCGAAGCGGUCAACAUCGCCCAGGAGAUUAACGGCAACUACAGGCAGACAGCGGGCUGAACCCCCAGCCCGUCUGGCAGCCCAUUCCCAUCCCCCACCUUGGGUGCCUGGGAGCAGAAGCCUUGGGCUGGCAGGAUUUAUGACCCCCAACUUUCACUUACUCCACCCCCUUACCACCCCCUAACCUUGACUACUGGGGACUUCUAGUGGGGAGUGGGACGAUUUUACCAGUCCCAUCCACGACGGUCAUUGUCCUCGAGGGCUGAAUUCCCCUCCAUGGCGAGCACAGUUCCCCGCUCCUCCCUCCCUGUGUAAGACACCACCCGCUGACCGUGAGGCGAAAUCCAAGCCUCUCCGUUCCCACUGCAAUUAUCUGCGGAAAUCCGCCCCCAGCCCGCUCCACAGUGGGCUCGGAAGCCAGAGGAAAUGGGAGAAGACUUUGGAAACAUCCGAUGGGCAUGCUGUGGCUCGGGGGUCAGCCCGGGUCCCCCAGAUGUCCUUAGCGUGGAGCGCUACGGGGUCCCGCCUCAACCCCUACUCCGCCCUUUCCGGGGUGCACAUCCCAGAAGCCAGGAUUCUGUGGCAACUCCCCAGUUUUUAGUUUCAAAGCCCCCUUAUGACUGGGAACCAAAAGCUUCUGUCCCCCGUCCCCCACUCCGCUUCUGACCAGCUGGAGCCGAGCCGGGUGCCUGCGGCGCCUUUCAGCUCCGCGCUCCGAUGUUCAUAUUUUCGUUGUUUUCAAAGACAGUGACACUCCGGAUCUGGUGCUAACACUCCCUUGCUAGCCUCUGGGAAAACUGGGUGUGUGUGUGUCUGGGGAUGGGGGGAAUCCGUCUUCUCUCGCCCUCUCUCCUAACUUAAAGCGCCGCAAAACCACGCGCCCUGUUUCCGCGGAGGGUGCGGCCUUGGUCCCGGGCCAAUUUCAUUGUAGGUGAGUCGGGAAUUUCUGGAGACUCGACAGCUCCGCUUCCGCUGCUGCAUGCGGCCCAGACCUCAGCUCGAGAAGCACCAGGGGCGCCGGAAGCCAACCCCGGCCUCCUGGACCGGGUCUCUGGUGAGGGGCGAGUGUCUCGGUUCGCACAAAGCCUGCGCGUGACCGUGCGGCGGGAUCCGGAUGGAGAAAAGGCCCUCGGUCCUCGCGCCCCCCCCCGCCCCGCCCCUCCUUCCGCGAGAAUAGUAACAUUUGCGCGGCUGUAGUCCUAGACGAGCGUGCUCUGUAGGAGAAAAGUCUGUGUCCUGUAAAAGUGUGUCAAGGGUAGUGUAGGGAGGCGGGCGGGAGGGAGGGCGGCGAGAGGGGACGCGGCGCGACGACUCGGGCGCUGGUCUUUUUUCUUUCUUGCAGAAAAGCCUAAGGGUUGGGGUGGGGGGUUUGGGGCAUCGGGACCAGCCCUGUCCGUGGAGCGCAGCACAAGUGCGGCCCGGGGCAGAAUAGCCCCCUGGAGUCCGCACCCUUUUCUAAAGGCGUCUGUAUGUAAACAGUCAAUAAAACAAUCGAUUUGAA